GCUAAGACACUCCUACACUUUCUUUCUCAUUGUGGGAGGAUAUACAGAAAGCUCAGGUAGGCACCUUCCUUUUCUCUCACUUCUGACACAUCUGCAGUCAUUCCAGUAUGGCCACAGCCUCCUCUCCCCUCACAGACCACCUCCGCUGUUCGAUCUGCACAGAGGUCUUCACUGAGCCUGUGUCUCUCAACUGCCACCACACCUUCUGUAAGAGCUGCAUCCAACAAAGCCUGAAGACCCUUCAGCAAUGUCCGUUGUGCGGAUCUUGCCUAUUCAGAGACUCAACCUUUGAAAUCAACAAGCCUAAACCUAAACCUAGACUUAAAUCUAAACCUGAAGGGGUGGAACAGUCUUCCGAUCACAGUGAAUGGAGACAGAGAACCACAGCAGGACAAGACAUGUGUUCUAAACACAAUGAAAUCUUGCAAUUGUUCUGUGAUACAGACAAACGGUUCAUCUGUGUUGUCUGCAGAGACGGGAGAGCCCACGCAGGACACAAGUUCAAACCUGUGAAAGAGGCGCAAGAUGACGUUAUGGAGAAACUAGUCUCUGACUUAAUCUACCUUCAAGAGGAUAUCAACAUGGUGGUCAGGUUCCUGGAGAGCGAGCGAGGCAUCACGGCGAACACGCGGGAGAGAAACGUCAGACUCAAAGCCGAGAUAAGCUCCCAGUUUGAGGAGCUCAGAGAGCAGCUGAGACUGAGAGAGGAGCAAGCCAUGAGGGAGAUAGAGGAUAUGGACAUGGACUUUGAGACUAAACUAACCGAGAUAGAGGAAGUGUUGGCAGAAGGCUGGGAGAGACAGGCCAUCUUAAAGUCAGCAAUGAACAUUGCUGAGCCCAGGGAGUUCGUCAUGUGGUGGACAGAAAAGGGUGAGGCCGAGGCGAGGCUGGUGAGGGAGGUUGGAAAACUGCAGGGACCUUUGAUGAGGAAAUGCCCCCCUCCCAGUCCACAGAAACCCUGGACAAUCCUGGGCCUAUCUGCUACACAGUCCAAACCAUCCAUCACACUCCCCAACUCAGUCAGGAUACAACGUGGCCCAGCCGGGACAGAAUUGCAAAGCCUGCUUGGCUUCCUGGACUCAGAGGGUCUGAAGAAAGGUCUUUCCAGAAGCAUUUCUCAACCCACAGAGACCAAAUCCAACCAUUUAUUCUUUAAAAAGAGUCAUUCUAAAAAAGAUAAGAGUAAAUUUCAUGUCAGUUUUUAGAUGCUGAGUCAUGUCUCAAAGUGACUUUCCUCUUUACAAACUGAUUGUGCUCUUGUAAUCUGAUUAUUUUUAUUGAUGUCAUUGAGUUGAAUGAAUAGUUUGUAUUAUUUUUUACAGUUUUAUUUGAAUUGUGGCACUGAGAAAACAAUUAUUGUGUGCAUUUGAAAUGUGUAAAGAAGCUCAUAUAGAUUUGAGAUUAUAUUUAGAUUGAACAUUUCUUGUUAGAUUUUAGCAUUAGCAAUUAAUCAUGCAGGUAUAAUGCACUCAAUUCUCAAGAUCAAUGGACUUAUAUGAAUACAUUUWAAAAAAUGUCAAACUGUGACCUAAGCAAGGAAGCCAUAAAUAUUUGAAAACAUGGUAUACAGUGCUAAACCUAUUUUAUUUAUCCUCUACGGGAUCGGUGUCCCUAAACCGGGACAGUUUUUGCUCAAUAUGCGAUAUUGUGACUAGAAGGACGUUGUAAACAACAGACAACUUCCGGGACAUAGACGUCUAAUAUGGGCAGAAAGCUUAAAUUCUUGUAAAUCUAACUUCAAUAUGCGAUAAUGUGACUAGAAUGACGUUGUAAACAACAGAMAACUUUCCUGGACAUAGACGUCUUAUAUGGGCAGAAAGCUUAAAUUCUUGUUAAUAUAACUGCAGUGUUCAAUUUACAGUAGCUAUUACAGCAAA